AUGCUAUCUCAAUUCAUGCCAACUUUGAAUAGUGUGGGCCACCCUAUUAUAGACCUGAGCGUUCUAAAGUUUACGACAGGUAUGGAGCCAAAUACCAAGUAUGCACUACACGACAGCGAGCAAAUGCCUACUGCUUGGGCAGCUCGAGUGCGACUCACGCCUGAGCUGCUGCACAAGCUUCGUAAGAGACCCGAUCAGAUAAGGUUUAAGCUGAAUGUUGCCGUUGGUGACGGAGCAGAUCUACGACAUGGUAUCAACAGAAGAACUAGUGUGCUGACAGUCGGUAUGGCUAGCGAAGGUGAUUUAGUGGAGACGCCAGAGCAGUACGAGCUGUUGUCAUUUGUUGAGGAGCCAAGCAUCAAUCACGCCUGUGCAUUUAAGCGAGUUGAUGACUUGGCUGGAAGCGGCUAUAAUAUCUAUAAAACCGGAGCAAUUUAUCAAAAGUUGCUUGUGCAACGCCUUUUGGACGAGACGGAGAAGGAUCGAAUCAAAGACAAGCACGCCAAAUCUGUGCUCAAAUCAAAGUCACGUACUUCGAGGCUGAUCAGCUCGGAACCAAUGAAGGCUAUGAAUAAACAACGCCUGACGAAAAUGAUGAUUGCACAGACUCGUACAGCAGAGCUGCCAGAGUAUGAUCACAACCAGACAAAGAAAAUGGUAUUAACUUCUGCUUUAACGAAAGAACAAGCCAGUGAAGCUGAAAAGCAAAUGGAUAAGGUUGGUGGGGGCCACGUGCCAACUAAUUUUUGCACUGAUGAGAAAAAGACCAAAACCUGUAUUGCUGAGAAAAAUAUGGAUCAUGAAAUCUUUGACAAUCGAGAAAAAAAUAUUUCACCGUUUGCUGCUACGAUUAACAUAUCUGCUGACACUCGUGAUGCAAAUUCACAAGCUUUUUUUUCAUCCGAGUCGGAUGGCGAUGUCACUGGGGCAGCUACAGCAACGAAGAAUACGCAAAUUCCUGUCGCGGCAAGAAUAAGCGAACAAUGUGAAACGAGUGAAUUAAUUGUGAAAAGAAGUGGUCUGAGUGCGAAAAGUUUGGAUUUUGAUCCCACUGCACAAUUGAAUGAGGCAGUAUGCGGGACAGAAGUAAUUGCUUUGUCAGAUAAGUAUGAGGCUGUAAGUAAUCCAGCAAUGCCGAUCUCGAGAAAGCGAAGACAUAAUGCGCAACACCCUCUUAAGUCAUCAAGUUCUGGCAUCGAAGUCAAGCGAGCACGCGCGCGUUCGACGCUUGUGUCGGAUAGAGUGAAGCAUGCAUGUCUACCGGACAUGUCUUGUUUUCCGCCUGCAGUUGUACAGAUCUGUGAGCGUCUUAUGAGAUAUCAUGGUCGUUCAAUCAUUCUCGACGAGAUUGACUACGAUUCUAUUAUGGAAACGUAUGAGCAAUUUCAGCAAAGUUGGCAGCUGCUGGACAAGGCUUACUCUAUCGAAAUUGUAAAGACAGAAGGUCUACAUCUUCAACGUGAAUUGGCGACAUUUGUUCAAGAAACGAGAAAUACGUCCAGUACCUGCACACAAAAAGAGGGUCUACUGGGAGGAGAUUCGCGCAGUCUUGCUGAACCGCCAUUUAUUGCGCGUGUAAGCGUCUCCAUCAAAAGGAAAUGGCAGCACCUGCUAGACAAGAGCACAAUUUACGUCUACGGUCGCUGGAGUGUGGCACUGGGUCUACUACUGCUCUAUCUUGUCCGUGUUUUCUACCUUAAUGCUUUCCAUAUCGUUACCUACGGCCUGGGCAUUUACCUACUGAAUCUGUUCAUUGGAUUCUUGUCGCCGCAAGUGGACGCGGAGAUCGAUGGUCCACUUCUACCGCACAAACAGAGCGAAGAGUUUCGCCCUUUCACGCGCCGAGUUCCCGAGUUUCACUUCUGGUACUCGACUUUUAAGGCCACAGUCGUGUCUCUGCUCAUGACGCUGAGCAGUGCAUUUGACGUGCCAGUAUUCUGGCCCAUACUGCUUAUCUACUUUAUCGUGCUUUUCGCACUCACUAUGAAACGCCAGAUUAAGCAUAUGUGGAAACACAACUAUGUUCCAUGGAACCACGGCAAGCAGGUCUACAAGGGCAAGAAGAACGCCAGUGCACUAUAG